AUGACUGAUUUGAAAAAUAAUAAAGAUUUUUUAAAUUUAAAUGAAUACGAUGAAUCAGAUGACGAUGCUGUUUACGGAGAACCAAGAGAUAUAUAUAAAAAGAUAAAUUUUACUCCUAGUUCUCCCUCAAUUAUUAGAUCUACAAAUGAAAGCAACAGCGAGACAGACUCUAACACUACUCACACUGGUAUUAUUUCAAAUAUUAGUCUAAGUAAAUCCAGCAAUUAUAGUCCAAGAGUCUCAUUUGAUACUGUACCAAUUGACGGUGUUUGUGGUGAAUUUCGUUUAAAUUCAAAUACAGCUUUCAGCGAUGUUGAUGAUAACGAUUAUGCUGGUGAUGAUGAUGAUAAUAAUAAUGACGACGACGAUCUGAAUUAUAGUGAAGAUGAUUAUUAUGACGACGAAUAUGACGGAAAUGAUGAUGAUAUUGGAAAUUACGAUUAUUUUAGUCUGCAAAAUAAUCAUCGUACACGUAGAGGAGGCUCUCCAAUGCCGCCGGGUAUGCAAAAUAUAUCUGUUGUUGAUGCAGUAUUGAAUUCCAAACUCGUUUUAGGUAAAGAUGGUAGGAUUUACAGAAAGGACUAUCCUUCGACACCUACCAUUUUAAAUAAUGCCUUAGUCGUAACAAAAGCUCAUAAAGACUACGAUGCAUAUAUUAAAAACUAUCGUUACGAUGAUCCAGAAGGAGAAAAAAAAAAUGGCGGGGAUUCUUCUUGUGUAACACCAAAAAAACACAUGUAUCCAAAUAUUGUAUUGAAUAAAGGUCCAUUACCUAGUAUGAGGGGAAGAUUGAGUAAAAAACUGUUGCAAGAAAGCGGUGAAAGUAAAGAACUAAGAAAAUUAAAAUCUAUUAAUCAAAGACUCAGUGGGUAUGUUAGUGGUCCAAGAUGUAUAAUGGUCCAUAUAAGCGGUAGAAGACAUACAUGGGUUACACUAGACUGGGUCUUAAGAGAAGUAGUUAAUGAUGGUGACCAUAUUAUUAUUAUUGCUAAUUUGCCAUUAAAUAAAAGAAACAGGAGUAGAAGUAGAAGUAGAAGCAGAAGUAGAAGCAAAAGUAGAAACCAAUCAAGAAAAACGAGCACAACAGACAUUAAUAGGGCUAGAAAGUCGACGAGAGCAUUAAAUAAUAAUAAUAAAGCGGCAACUGCACACUAUUCAAGGUCUAGGUCCAGGUCAGUCUCAAGAUUGCGUAGGUAUAUGUCCAAUGACGAAUUGCCUGAAAAUAAUGCAAGACAGCAUGAAGAAUUUGUUGAGUGGUGUGAUGGCUACCAAUUUGCCGAUGUAAAGAAGGCUUUGGAUGAUGUUAUGGAAUAUGCUAUAUUUUUACUGCCACAAGAUAAAAUUGUCAAAAUAACGGUCGAUAUAGUGAUUGGUUCAUUUUGUAAAAUAAUUGUUGAUGCCCUGAACGCUUACUAUCCGCAUUUAGUAUUUAGUUCUUCUACGAAGUGGAGAAGCAACGAAACCCUAGUAAAAUGGAACGGUCCAUUUGUGUCUGAUAGAUUGAUUCAAUAUUUCCCUGUCCCAGUUGGUAUUGUCCCAGCCUAUAAAUUAAACUAUUUUGAGCAUUCUUUGAUGAAAAAUUUCGUUAAAGUACAACAAGCUCAAUGGAUGAAAAGCAAGGGUGAUCCUAUCAUGAUUUCUAAAAAACCUGGUACACCCAAGUCAGCACCAGUGGAAUUAAAUGAGGUUAGUACCAAACCUCCGAUGCCAUUUAUGAAAUCGUGUCACAGCAAUGACAAUCUUUCGAAAGUAUCUACCAUUGCCACCGGGACAAUCACGAAUAGUUCCACAGGUGAUAGUGGUAUGAUUGCUGAUGCUAGCGAUAGCCUUAAUGGGUCUGAUGACAUCUACAACGAUGAUAGUUUAGGCGACAGUGAUGCAGAUAGUGAGGAAGAACUAUCACAACAUAGAGGUAAAAAUAUAGCUAAAAUGGAGGGCACUGAAGACCAAGUGAAAGGAAAAACAGCUGGCAACAAUUCGAGUAUUAAUUUUACUGGGGGGGAUGAUUCCAAACCGUCAACUUCUACUGAUACAUCGAUAAAUAAGUUACAAAAAAUGUUACAGUCGUAUAAAGAUGAGUUAGAUAGAAUAAAUCAAAAUAUCGAUUCAAACACUGCAAUUUCGGAAGAAAAGAAAACAUUACUGAAGAUUGAUACUAUCAUUGACGAAUCGAUUAAGUUUACUGAAAAUUUAGAUAAGAUCAAUUCACAUAAUGAUACUUUUAAUAAAUUACAGAAAGUUAUUACUGGUAAGGGAUCAAACAAUUUGAGGCCUAGCACCUCUUCAAAAAAGUCAAUGCUAGAUGUCUUGGAUGAUGAUGACAUUAGUAGCAAUUCCAAUGCUUCCAAGUCAAAAAAGAAGAGGUCACAUCGUCGUAGCAAAUCAAAUAAUAGUGAUAUUGUUGUGUCAUCUUCCAAUACAAAUGCGGCUAAUAAUUUGGGGCUUCCCAAAAUUAUUACCACCCCAAGUUCCUAUUCUGAUGUACAAACACCUACCUCUUCAACAAGGCCCACGAAAAUUAAAUUUGGCCCGGAGCCGGCUAAAAUCAGGACUGCACAUGGCGCCUUAUCAAGUGCACCAUCCAGAUCUACUUCUGGUACCAUGCACCAUCACCAUCAUCAUCAUGUUGCUACUUCAGAUUGUGAUUCAAAUAAUGACAACAAAUUAACUAAAGUUGUAACUUAUGAUGGUCAUAUUAGAGACUCCAGUGGGAAAUUGUAUAAAUCUAUAUCUCAUUCUAGUAUGAAGUCUGGCAGUAGUAGUACAAGUUUUAAUAGUAAUAAUAGCAAUUCGGGCAGUAGUACUAAUGCUGAAAUGGGUGUUGGACUACGAAAGUAUAAUACUAUCAGUGCAUCUAAAUUGAAAAAUGGAAGUUCUGCAGCUUUUACACAUACAAGACACUCUACUGAUAAAAGUGGUGUAAGAAGACUUGACAGUAGUAGUAGUAGCAGUAAGAAGACUUCUACUGAAAAUGAAGGUAAGAAGAAAAAGAAAAGAGGUUUCUUUUUCGGUUUAUUUAAGUAG